AUGUCUGCAUCUAUGACUCCUCCGCCGUCGACACAACUUCCCCGCUUCCAGUCACCAAUGAACCGGAUGACGACUAACGACGAAGAGACUCGACUCGCUUCUCCCCCUUCGACCACCGCCAGGCCCAAUGUUUUUCGAGCGCUACCUACGCCAGAUGCUAUUGCCACAGCAGACGUCGAAGGGUUGCGAAUCAUGGUGAAAGACUUGGUUGCGGCAGUCGGAGAAGCAAGAACCUCGGCCGCUCACUUCAAAUUACAGCACAAUCUGCUAGCUAUGGAGUCGGAAGAAGCAGCACAACGAGCCGAGAUCGAACACCAAAUGACUCGAAGGGAAGUCGAGGUUCUUCAGGCCGCCGAGUACAAGCACCGUGCUAUGUCUCAACGCAACUCGCUGCCGCCACCACAUCCACAGAUCGAGGCACUCACAGGGACUUGCAAAGCGUUGGAAGAAGAGCGCGAUGAAGCAGAAAGACGACUAGCACGAGCGAAGAAGCUGGUCGAAUUGCAGAGGGAUAGAUGCGAGCUGCUGGAAGAAGAGAACCACUUACUGAAGAAGAGAAUUCGAGAAAACCGAGAGCAUUUCACCAGACUCAAGAGCAUGUCGCCCUCAUACACAACUCCUCGGGAUGCGUUUACUACGCCUCAACGUAAGCCAGUACCUCAAUUUCCGCAGUCUGCACCAAGUGUUUCCAACAUCGCCGCCCUCCUUGCGGCAGGUGAAGUUCUUAGUGGAGAGAGUCUCAGCGUCCCCUCGACUCCCACUCGAACACAUACCUCGAAACUGAAGCAUGGACACACCCGUGGGGCACACUCCCUUUCAUCCCUUCAAACCACGCCACUUCAGCAGACUCGGCCAAAAACUCAAGAAAGCUAUCCGGAACCUAUGGUACCCUUCUCCGCCCCUCCUUCUCAAUUGGUAGUCGAGUCUGCAGAAAGAGAACGGCAUGACCGUGAUAGUACCAUCUCGAUAUCCGAUGUUGAAGAAGCGGUCAGUGACGAUAACGUUCAGCAGUCCCAAGCGAGCUCCAUGGCCAGCGAAAUGUUGCGGAGGAACCCUGGAAGUCAAGAGAGCUUAAGACUGUCACAAGGUGCAGAGCGGUCUAGCAACCUCUUACAGAGCAAGCUAUUCGGACCGAUCAAGAAAUCGAGUCAUUCAAAGAAGAGAGGGCCAAGUUCCGAAGAAAUAGACAUCAAGGCGAAGAAGGCAAAGGUAGCUCAAGGCGUUGGGCUUGGGAUUGAAUCGUGGAGUCAAGCCUAG